CCCCCGACCCCCGCCCCGCAGCCGGGGUUUCUCCCUGCUCAUCAUGAAGAACGAGAACGUGACCUCGCUGGGGCUGCGCUCGCUGCGGGAGGUGAGCGCGGGCCGGGUGUACAUCACCGAGAACCGGCGCCUCUGCUACCUGCACACCGUGCACUGGGCAGCGCUCAGCCGCCGCCGCGCCGACCUCGACAUCAAGAACAACAAACCCCGCAGCAAGUGCCAGCAAGAGGGGAAGGUGUGCGACCCGCUGUGCUCCGCCGACGGGUGCUGGGGUCCCGGCCCCGAGCAGUGCCUGUCCUGCCAGCACUACAGCCGCCGCGGCGUCUGCGUGGCCUCCUGCCACUUCACCCAGGGGGAGACGCGGGAGUUCGCCCACGGGACCGAGUGCUUCGAGUGCCACCCCGAGUGCGAGCUCAUCGAGGGUGGCAUCACCUGCAACGGCUCGGGUGCCGACACCUGCACCCGCUGCGCCCACUACCGGGAUGGGCCCCACUGCGUGGAGAGCUGCCCCGAGGGCAUCCUGGGCGAGCGUGGCCCCAUCUACAAGUACCCGGACGCCAGCCGCGAGUGCCGGCCCUGCCACGAGAACUGCACCCGGGGGUGCCUGGGGCCGCUGCUGCGGGACUGCCUGGGGGACGCCCUGCCCAGCUCCAGGUACGGGGGGGGUUUGGGGGGGUUGGGAGGGCUUGGGGGGGCCCUGGGGUCGUG